AUUAUUCGACGCCAUCGAGCCCUUACCGGCCCCGGGACCGGGUUUAAGAUGCAGACCGGGCUCCUCGGCGGUGUUUGCAGCGUGAAAGGUCAUGGAGCGAGGAGAAGAACGGUCUGAGUAAACACUGGUUCAUUAAUAUUCAGGACCUCUGCUUCAUCAGAACACCCCCACCCCCUCCCCCCCUCCCCACCUCAUCUGAUCAGGCCAACUAAAUGUAAAGGAUCGAUUGGUUCCAGCCACCAUGGAUCUCUUUCCCCGGCCCAGCGGAGAAAUCCAGAGAAGAAACCCCCAACAUGACUUUGAACUCAUUCAGAGAGUCGGCAGCGGAACAUACGGAGACGUCUACAAGGCGCGAAACAUUCAAACUGGAGAGCUCGCCGCCGUGAAGAUCAUCAAACUGGAACCAGGAGACGACUUCUCCAUCAUCCAGCAGGAAAUCUUCAUGGUGAAGGAGUGCAUGCACCACAACAUCGUGGCCUACUUCGGGAGUUACCUGUGUCGGGAGAAGCUGUGGAUCUGCAUGGAGUACUGUGGAGGAGGAUCUCUGCAGGACAUUUAUCACGUGACGGGCCCUCUCUCAGAGCUUCAGAUCGCCUACGUCUGCAGAGAGACCAUCCAGGGUCUGGGAUAUCUGCACGCCAAGGGCAAGAUGCACCGAGACAUCAAGGGCGCCAACAUCCUCCUGUCAGACAACGGGGACGUAAAGUUAGCUGACUUUGGAGUCGCCGCCAAAAUAACCGCCACCAUUGCCAAGAGGAAGUCUUUCAUCGGCACGCCAUACUGGAUGGCUCCUGAAGUGGCUGCAGUGGAGAAGAACGGUGGCUACAACCAGCUGUGUGAUAUCUGGGCCGUGGGCAUCACUUCCAUCGAGCUGGGCGAGCUGCAGCCUCCAAUGUUUGACCUUCACCCCAUGAGGGCUUUGUUUCUGAUGUCAAAGAGCAGCUUCCAGCCUCCAAAACUCAAAGACAAAAACAAAUGGUCCACCGCCUUCCAUAACUUUGUUAAAGUGUCUCUGACCAAAAACCCAAAGAAGAGGCCGACUGCAGAGAAGCUCCUGUCGCAUGUGUUCGUGGCUCAGACGGGUUUGACAAGAAGGCUCGCCGUUGAUCUCCUCGAUAAGAUGAACAACCCCGAUAACCACCAGCCCUACAGUGAGGUGGACGACGACGACCUCGAGCCCCUCUCUGCGGUCAGACACACCAUACGCUCCACCAACAAGCCGGCCCGGGCCGAGAGGACGCGCUCAGAGAUUGACUUCGACAAACUCCAGUUUGAACCUCCGCUCAGGAAGGAAACUGAGGCUCACUCUGAGAUGGAUGUGAGUAAAGAUAACGACUUCCCUUCUCCCUGGAGUCCCUUUGCAGAGGGAGGAAUAACAUCCAGGGGUCACGUAGCACAUCUGGAGGAUGCCUUUGAAGAAGUGGAACUUUCAACUCUGAAGCCCGGGGUGCCUCCUCCUCUGCCCCCGAAGCCACGGUUAAACAGCUCAUCAGAGGAGCUUGGCCUUAAUGACGAGCGCUCUCUGACAGUUCGAAGGUUCCCGAACUCUGAGAACGGACCGAGUCAGGUAUCCCGCAGACAGAGCACACCUGAGCAGGGCAACAAGGUGGAGCACUCGUCUCCAGAUUUCCUCUCUGCUAGCGUCAGCAGUCCCGGCCUUCUAUCUCACGCCUCCGAUCCAGAAAAUGACUCAGACGGCAGCGUGGACGGAGACAAACCUCUCCCCAACAGACGGAAGGAGAAGAAGGAGUUCCCGAAACCGGCCAUCAACGGUCUGCCGCCGACCCCGAAAGUCCUGAUGGGAGCCUGUUUCUCCAAAGUGUUUGACGGCUGUCCUCUGAAGAUUAACUGUGCCACGUCAUGGAUUCAUCCUGACACCAAAGAUCAGUACCUGAUCUUUGGGACGGAGGAUGGUAUCUAUACGCUGAAUCUAAACGAACUGCAUGAAGCCACCAUGGAGCAGCUGUUCCCCAGGAAGUGCACGUGGCUGUACAUUAUCAACAACAACCUGAUGUCUCUGUCUGAAGGAAAAACCUUCCAGCUCUAUUCCCACAAUCUGAUCGGCCUCUUUGAGCAGCUGAAGAAGCCGGGCCUCGCCGCUCAGUUCCAGACUCACCGCUUCCCAGACAAGAUCUUACCCAGGAGGUUUGCUUUGACGACCAAGAUCCCCGACACAAAGGGCUGUCACAAGUGCUGCAUCGUGAGGAACCCGUACACGGGUCAUAAGUACCUGUGUGGGGCUCUGCAGUCGGGGAUCGUCCUGUUACAGUGGUAUGAACCCAUGCAGAGGUUCAUGCUCAUCAAGCACUUUGACUUCCCACUGCCCAGCCCUCUGAAGGUGUUUGAGAUGCUGGUGGUUCCAGAGCAGGAGUACCCUCUGGUGUGCGUGGCCAUCAGUCAGGGCACAGAGCCGGGCCAGGUGGUCCGCUUUGAGACCAUCAACCUGAACUCGUGCUCCUCCUGGUUCACUGAGAUGGGAACAAGUCAUCAGCAGGUGGAUGCAAUCCACGUCACCCAGCUGGAGAGAGACACGGUGUUGGUUUGUUUGGACCAAAACCUGAAGAUUGUAAAUCUUCAAGGUCGACUGAAGUCCAACAAGAAGCUGGCGUCCGAGCUCAGUUUCGACUUCAGCAUCGGAUCAGUGGUGUGCCUUCAGGACAGCGUGCUCGCCUUCUGGAAACACGGCAUGCAGGGAAAGAGCUUCAAAUCUAACGAGGUGACUCAGGAGAUCUGUGAUCCCAGCAGAGUGUUCCGCCUCCUCGGAUCAGACAGGGUGGUGGUUCUGGAGAGUCGACCUACAGACAACCCGACAGCCCUGAGUAACCUCUACAUCUUAGCGGGUCAUGAGAACAGUUACUGAGUGUGUUACGGAGGUCUGGUUUUAGUUACUGAUCCCAGGGUUCAAAGGUCAGAGUGGAGCAGACCAAUGGGAGGCCUUACGAUUCACUGACGAGUGAAGAAAGCAGCUCCAUUAAACGUUGUUACUUCUUCUGUGGACGAGUUUGAUUCAAAGUGCCAUAAAAACGGAGACGAGCAGCUGAUUCAUAUUUAUUAACUUCCUGUUAGGGUAUGUUUGAUGUUUCUGUUACUGCUUCUUCCUUUCCUCGCUCGCUCUGCUGCUUCCUCUCUUCAUCUCUCUUUUAGACUCUUUUACUUCCUGAUUUGCACCAUGUAAGCACUUUUGUACAUUUGUAUUUAAAAUAAAACGACAAAAUGAGGGACACAUGCUACUUUUCUGUCUUAACAUCUUUUCCUGACUGUUUUACUGAAAGCUGUUUUUGUAAUAAAAAUGUGUUAAGACGUCA